CUGGAAAACAUACCUGUAACAUUAUUUGCUAAAAUUGAUUAUUAUUCAAUUUAUUGUCCUGAUAGAAUAGCAUGGAUGUUCAUUGCAAAAUGGAGAUGUCCAGAGAAGUCAAAUGAUUAUCACUGCUUACAGCUUUCUGAUGAGGAUGAAUAUAGGGAAACAUGCAAAAAACGAAAAGUUACAACUCCUGGUUUUUAUUCAAUUUUGGACUCGAUCAGUGGUAACUUGGAUUCAGUAAGAUGUCCUCCUGACAGAUACCAACCAAGGCCUAUGUUUUCAAAUGUUGGAAACAAAUGUGUUUAUCAGAAAUCUGUUUGCAAUGAGGAGGGACAAGUAGUUCAUACAAAUGGAUCAACAACAGCAGACAUGACAUGUAGAUGUGAUUACAACAAAGGGUACAUGUUUGUAUCAUCCCCUAUGAACAACUGUCAUUGUACAUCUUCACAAGAAGACUGUUCCUGUUAUCGACAAACAUGUAAUGACACUUCCAAGAUUAAUCAAGAUUAUACUUGCUUAGAAGAGAAUUCAAUUCUGCCAAACAAUACCUACAGCUGUCCUGUAAUACAACCUGUUUUUGAUAAAGGGAAUGUUGAAAAAGGCAAAGACUUUUUCUUCAAUAAUGAUACACAUUAUAAUAUACCAAAGCUUGGUAAGUAUAAACUGUUUGGAUAUGAGGGAGGUGAUUAA